AUGGGUUGCUGUGGCUGUGGAGGUUGCGGUGGCUGUGGCUGUGGCGGCUGUGGCUGUGGCGGCUGUGGCUGUGGUGGCUGUGGCUGUGGCGGCUGUGGCUGUGGCGGCUGUGGCUGUGGUGGCUGUGGUGGCUGUGGCUGUGGUGGCUGUGGCUGUGGUGGCUGUGGUUGUGGCUGCUGUGGCUGUGGCUGCUGUGGCUGCUGCAAGCCUGUGGUUGUCUGCUGCUGUCGCCGCUGCUGCAGCUCCUGUGGCUGUGGCUCCUGUGGCUGCGGCUGUGGCUGUGGGAAGGGCUGUUGCCAGCAGAAGUGCUGCUGCCAGCAGAAGUGUGGCUGCAAGAAGUGCUGCUGCUAG